GCCAGUCGACAGCGGUGUCACCCCUCCGGUGCGUCCUACCCCUGCCCACGAUCCCUGCACGCAUUCGCCUUUCUCACACGACCGGCGAUCCUCGCUUGCGCAACCCGAAAGCCCGCAGUGCGAGCCGGCGCCCCACGCCACCAGCACCCUCACACGCCGCCGCAGCCGCACGCACCAUGUACCUCAGGAUAGCGCUAUGUUUGUUGGUUUGCUCCGUCUACCGGGCACACGCCGACGUGGACAUCAUCACAGAGCCGCGGCCGGGAGAGGAGUACGUUCUAGUUAGUUCUGGUCAACAAACACCAGUAAGAAAUUUUGAAACCUCUCAUAAAAUCCCGGAGAAGCAUCCGCAACAUCGCUUCGUGAAGCCUGACGAUAACAAUGAAAAGAUUAUUAAAAAGCUGCAUAGCGGCAAGGGCAAGCACCCCACAGAGGGCAUUGUCGCCAUCGAGGAGGAUAAAAAGGCUCAGUUCAGAAAGGGGCAGAAGGGUAAGGUGUCCGAGUCGAUAGAGAUCGACAUUCCCGUGUCCAAGCUUGAAGAUAUUAAAAUAAAAGAAAAUAUACAAGAUGUGGAAACGAAUCCGAAGAUGGCGGUCGCGUUGGAGGCCAUGUCUGAGUCGGGCAAGCUGAGUAACCGAGCUGCCACCACCACACAGAAGCCCGUGCUAACCACCACGCCGCCCGUCACCAAGGGGUUCGACUAUAUCCCCAUCAACUUCGACAGCAUCGACGACAUUAACUCCGGGCUGCUGUCCUCUAACGUGCAGCUGGAGACUGCCGGGUCGGAACAAAAACAACACUCGCGUAUUCAAGUCAAAAAGGGCCCCAACGGUCAAGACUACGAGUACGAAUACGUUUACUAUUAUUACGACGAGGAAGACAAGGAUGGUAAGAAGGAGGGCAAGGACUUGAAGGAGAAGCCUUCGUCGACGACGGCGGCUCCGGUGCACAAUUCGCACGACGGGCCGGGCAAGGAGGACGAGAACCAGAUAACCAAGGAGAGCAAGACGAAGAACAAGUACAGCACCAUCGACCGGUCCGGCGGCGCGACGACGGCCGCCCCUGACCAGAACGAGGUUGUGCCGACGUCGAGCCGGCCCCGCCAGCGAGGCCGUACCGCCGCGCCUGCUCCCGUCGAGGAAACCGUUGAAGAAGACAGACUACCAUCAAGCACCCGUUUCCCCCCAAGAGGCCGCAACUUAGCUGCCGCGAGCUCGACCACCUACGUGCCCGAAGUAUCCUCGGAGGCCGUGAAGCACCGCGGCCGCUCGCACCAGACCGACAACAUUGCCGACGAGUCCAUCGGCCAGACCAGGAGCAGGACACGUGCUCAUGUUAGGCGCCCUAGCUCAGAACUUGUCGAUCUCGACAGUUUCAAGACCCACUCGGGAGAUAUCCCUGUCCAAUACAAAGAGCCCCCCACCAGGUACUCCGCAGAGAGCAGGACCACCACUGACAUCCCCGACGCCACCACCACCAUCAAGGAGCCGUCUAGCUCCAAAGACUCGCCCAGAGAAGGCCACAGUUUGUUAAGCAACGUGAGGUUCCAAGAAAUCCUUGACGAUUCCAAACUGCCGGCGGAUUACAAGCCGACGACGACGCCGUACGAGCUGGACACGACCGAGUACACGACCAUGACCGCUAUGGAGAAGGUGGCUCUGGAUCUGUACGCGUAUUUGGCGAGGGAGAACCUGAACAACGAAGUGAGCGACCCAGUAGAUUUCGACGGCACGACCACCACGGAUGACGAGACGUGGACGACGGAAGCUAUGAGCACGACGGAGGAGGCGACCACGACGACAACGACGACCACAACGACGACCACGACGACCACGCCUGCCCCCACCACGACCACGGCGGCGCCCUCCACUCGCCCCUCGCGGUUCAGGGGCCGCCCCGGCGCUAGAGCUCGCACGUCCACCUCCCCGGCAGCCGCUACUGAAGCACCACAGGAAACUUCAACCAAAAUACGAGGUCGCUUCGGCAAGCCAAACGGAGUGCGCAAGACCACCGCCGCCGCCGCCAGCGCUGCCGCCGUCGAGUCCUCCACGGCUGCUGCUGCUGAUAAGCCGCUGACCACCAAGCAGGCGUUUGGCCGCCGAGGCUUGUUUGCCGGCCGCACAAGGCCCAGCUCCACUACUCCGUCCCCUGCUCAAGACUCCAGCAGCUCAGCUCCUGAUUCACCCGUAGCCAGGCCCCGGCUUCGCCCUGGCCUGCGGAGGACGACGACCACGAGCGCAGCUCCCGCUGAAGACAGCACUGCCGCCGGCUCCAGCGCGGAGCCCUCGGAAACUACCCCCACACCCGCUAAGCCCAACGGACGAGGCAGGCCGGGGCUCCGCACGCCGGCGGCGUCGCUGAGGCCGGGCGCGCGGCUCAACCUUCGGCCUAACGCACGCCCGCGGCCCGGCCAGGCGGCCGCCGCCGCCGCCACCGCCGCCACCGAGCCAGCGCCUGACACCGCAGACACCUCCGUGUCAGACGCGCCCGACGCCGAGCCUGAAGCUGAGGCACCAUCGACAUCGUCAGCGUCGCCGGCGUCGCCGGACUCGUCGCGCAGCAAGGUGCGCAACCGGCUGCAGGUGUCGCCGGCGCCGAAGCCCCGCGUCGCUGUGACGCCCGUACCGCGCCGCCCCAACCCGCUCCUCAAGAGGAAGCUCAGCACCGAGGGUCCGACCGAAGCGCCCAGGAAGACAUCAUCGGAGACCACGGAGGAGAGCACCAGCGACGAGAGCAAAAGUGAAACAGAGACGGAGGGCGGCGGUGCGGAGACGACGCCGACGCCGCCGCUGCGCGGACUCGACGCGCUGUUCGCUCGCCGCCGCGCCGCCGGCGGCAUCGGCGGGCGGCCCGCGCGCCCCGCCCGCGGCGCACCCUCGCCCAAAUAAACACCCCCCUCUCCUCACAUCCCUCCCUCUCCUUCAUGACUGCUCAAAUUUACUGAAAAUGCAACUAUUAUAACAUCUUAAUAAUGAACGUGAGGUUGUGCUGUGCGAUUUUGCUCAAAAGCGACUUAUACAGGUGAUGAGGAACAAGGCCGAAUUAUUAGAGUUGUAAUGCUGAAAUAAUUUUGCAGAUUCUGCAUUUUCAGUGACUAGCGCAGGUCAUAACGUUUAGUCAAUUUAUUCUCCAAACGUCUAGAUGUUAGCAACGUUUAGUUAUACCUAACGCCUACUUUCAGAGAUUUCAGUUUUAGUUUUACUCAUGUAAUUAAUUAGACAAGUUAUUCUUAAGUUUUUACUUUCUUUACUUUAUACAGAUCUCUCUGUUAAAAUCAAGUACCUAUCAUUAAUUUUGCAACGUAAAGACUCCUUUCCAUGAAUUUAAUUUGUCACCUUAUGUAUAUAUUAGUAUGUAGUGUUAUUGUCGUCCGCCCGACGGUCGGGCCGCUCGGCCUGCCUUAGUGUCCGUAGUGUCUGUCAACAGCUAACAUUCAACACCUACCUAUAGAUUCAUUAACGUAUAAUCGCCAAAGUUUUUCAAAACAUAAGAUAAAGUUAAACGUAGAUGUGAAUGGGUACAAUUAUAGCGUACUCCAUAUUUUUUCCAAGUUUAUGCACAGUUUGAGCAAGUAAUAUAUGUCGUCCCUUGUAGUAAGCUUCUAUCGAUUUAUAGACCUCUCUAUUUUAAUUGUGCCUAUUUUAUGCACAUUUGAGAUAAGUCAAGGGAGCUGCACUGAAAAAAAAUAUUAUAUUAAAAUUAUAUAUAUUAUAUUUAUAACUCGUUGUUUAGGCGAAUAUAUUUUUCUAAAUUAUUUUUUCUUAAUAUUUACUGAUUGAAAUUAAAAUUUGGUUCCUUCUGGUGCAAUCAUCAAAGGAAUUCAUUUUGCCUCUAUUUAUUCUGAUAAAUGAAUUUGAUUUAGGAAGGCUUUGUAGAGAAGUCGUUUAGUUCCGUCAUCAACAUCGAUAUGAGUUUCGUUUGCUGUAGCACUGAUAGCUAGUGCCAUCGUGAUAUAUUGUGUAUCUUUUGUAAGUGUGAUAAUAAACUUAAUAAUAAGACCUAUUGUUGGA